AGCGUCACUCUAAAUCACCAGUAUGGAGAUGCACCUGUCAUCCUUCUGAAGAUGUAUUUAAACUCCUGACAACCCUACAGGAGGCAUUCGCCUGUUGUGCCUCAAAGAGAGAACUUUGUUCGUCUAAACUAACCCAACGGUCAACAUGCCCACCACGAGUGCUACUGAUGACCGUCUGAGCAAGUUCAAGAACAAGGGAAAAGAGCCGUCGAAGCUCCGUGAGCGGCGGAUCGCGGAGUGCGUAGAGCUGCGUAAAGCCGCGAAGAACGAGAACUUCCUCAAGAGGAGGAACAUUACCACUCUACCGGGGGAUGCGGACCAGUCACCGGAGUUGAACACCGACAACCACGAGGUGACUGCGAUUACCAUCGAGGAGGUUGUUGGCCAUGUGAACAGUGACUGCAAGGAGAGACAGACCAGAGGAUGUCAGGCUGCCAGGAAGCUGCUGUCCCGUGAGUGUAACCCCCCUCUAAAGGAGGUUGUGGAGGCAGGGCUGCUAUCCAGAUUUGUGGAGUUCCUAGGAAGGGAUGAUGACCCCAGUCUGCAGUUUGAAGCCGCCUGGGCUCUAACCAACAUCGCCUCGGGGACCUCCUGGCACACACAACAGGUGGUAGAGCAUGGUGCAGUCCCAGCUUUCAUAUCUCUGCUGGCAUCCCCCAUGUUGCACAUCAGUGAGCAGGCUGUCUGGGCCCUGGGUAACAUAGCAGGUGAUGGACCGGCGUAUCGAGAUACUCUGAUAGAAUGUAACGUGAUCCCUGCUCUGCUGUCUAGAAUCACCCCAGACACACCUGUGGGGUACCUUCGUAACUUGACAUGGACCCUGUCUAACCUCUGUAGGAACAAGAACCCCUUCCCUCCCUUAUCUGCUGUCCAACAGGUGCUGCCUUCUCUGAUUCAGCUCCUCCACCUGAGUGAUCAGGAUAUCUUGAGUGAUGCAUGCUGGGCCGUCUAUCUGACUGAUGGUGCCAACGACCGUAUCGAUAUUGUGGUCCAGACCGGUAUUGUUCCCCGUCUGGUGUCCCUCAUGAGCUUUGAGGCGCUCACUGUGGUGACCCCAGCUCUGCGCUCCAUAGGGAACAUAGUGAGUGGCUCAGACGUCCAGACUCAGGUGGCCAUUGACGCCGGGGUGCUGUCUGUCCUGCCUAGUUUAAUGAGACACAGCAAACCCAGCGUUCAGAAGGAGGCAACCUGGGCCGUAUCUAACAUCGCUGCUGGUCCCGCUCAACAGAUACAACAACUGCUCACCUGCGGCCUGCUGCCCCCGCUUAUCGACCUGCUACGCCACGUUGGUGACCCCUCACUACACCUGCACACUAGCCAACUGAUACAACAACUGCUCACCUGCGGCCUGCUGCCCCCGCUUAUCGACCUGCUACGCCACGGGGACUUUAAGACUCAGCGGGAGGCGGUGUGGGCCAUAACUAACUUCACCAGCGGGGGCACUGUAGAGCAAGUUAUCCAACUGGUCCAAUCAGGAGGCCUGGAGGCCAUCCUCAACCUACUGACUGUCAAAGACUCCAAGACCAUCCUUGUCAUAUUGGACGCCAUCAACAACCUCUUCAUGGCAGCGGAGAAGAUGGGUGAGACUGAUAAGCUGUGUCUACUGGUUGAGGAGUUGGGAGGCCUGGAUAAGAUUGAGAUGCUGCAGAACCAUGAGAAUGACACCGUGUACCGUACUGCCCAGGCACUCAUAGAGAAGUUCUUCACUGAUGAGGAGCCUGAGGGUCUGCAGACUGAAGCCACGGAAGCCACUGACACAACCUUUGCCUUCAAGACCCAGGAUGUGCAGAAGACCUUCCGGUUUUAAUCAUCCCACAGGAUGUCCAGUGUCAAAAUACAACAUGAUU